UCCUGCCAUCCAUGGCUCCCAGUCAACAGCCCUCUUUUCGCCAAGGACCGAGGCCUGUGGUUUGUGGAAAAUCUCACGGAACGAUUUUUGGAGCCCAUCCAACAUGACGAAUACUACCCCACGGCGCCGGUACCCGCCGUUGAUCCAUGGCGGUUUCUUUCCUACCACCAGCCGCACCGCUGCAGCGAUGUGAAUGGAAGUCUGGCGUGUCAAUUCCUCCAGUUGACCGCUGCCUUGGAAGUGGCCGUGCGGCUGCGUAGGCGCUUGGUGCUGCCGCAAGACUGGGAUUGUAGCUUGUUGCCCAUGUGGGACGUUUAUGGCAUGUCUUCCAGCUUCAAAGACAAGCGGGAAGGCUGUACCUUCGAUUUCUUCGCAGAUGCAGAAGCGUUCGUGAAGAGCUUUGGACAUCUCUUGGUCGAAGCCGGCAUUCGAAGAAAUGCAGAGUACCAACAGUUGUCUACAGCCCAGCUCAAGGAUGAGGUCGCAGUGGUUUCGACAGAGAUCCUGGAGGUGGGGCCCGAUGUGGAUUUGCUGGUGCUACGAGACCGGCUCCGGCUCAAAGAGGACACGCAAGGCGGCGCAAGCUUGGCGCGGCGCUUGUUCCCGUGCCGCUGGGUGGAGCUCAACUUGGAGGUGUUGGCUCGAAGACCGGGACAAGCAGCAGAUCCAGGAAGAAGAAAUUGUGGAGUUCAAGGUUUGGAUUGUUGUGCCGUGUAUCACGGCUGGGCCGAAAAGCUGGAGUAUUUCACAGACAUCCCCUGGACUUUCCCUUGCGACUGCGGUGUGGGAGCGGCCCUGGGCUGUGUGCCCCGAGGCGAGCUCUGUGUACAUCAGGAUGAUCCUGAAGAUUCUUUUGAAACGGAAAUUUUAAAAGCUAUGGAAUAUUCCAAAAA